GGUGUUUGCUGCCACACACCAUACUUCCAAAUGCAGGGCUGUCCUCUUCCUCUUCCCUUCCAAAUUCACUGCAUAGCAAGAGCGAUUUGGAGGAACUACUGCACCAACAUCGUCAUCACAUCCAAAACCCUAUACCCAAAGUCAUUGAAGGGAGACCCAAAACCAAUUUUCCGUUGUCAAUGCGAUCCUUCCACUGUGCACGCGCCUGCAUUAGUACCAGAAUCAGCUGACCAUUCCACGAAGCAAACAACUCUUCUCGUGGAGGCCUUUCAUGAGAAACAGAGGCUCAAAGAUUUACUUGAGAGGCUCAAUAUGAAAGACUCAUCUCCGCUGCAAAUUCUUCAAGAUGAGGGAGAUUGGCCCAAGGAACACUUCUGGGCUGUCAUCAGAUUCCUCAGACAUGCCUCCAGAGCCAAGGAGAUUCUUCAGGUGUUUGAUGUGUGGAAUAACACAGAAAAAUCCCGAAUUAAUGAAUUCAACUACGAGAUGAUAAUAGGAUGUUUAGGGGAAGAGGGUUUGAUGGAAGAAGCAGUUUUGGCAUUUAAAGAAAUGAAAAGUCACGGUCUUCAUCCGUCUUUGCAGAUUUACCAUUCAAUAAUUCAUGGAUAUGCCAGAAAUUGUGAAUUUGAUGAUGCUCUAUCUUACCUUAAUGAGAUGAAAGAUGUUAAUUUGGCACCGGAGACUGAUACUUACGAGGGGCUGAUUGAAGCAUAUGGAAAAUGUAGAAUGUAUGAUGAGAUGGGUAUGUGUGUGAAGAAGAUGGAACUAGAUGGGUGUUUGCCUGAACGCAGUACAUACAAUUUACUUAUGAGAGAGUCCGCACGAGGUGGGUUGCUUACAAGGAUGGAAAGAAUAUACCAAACCAUGCGAUCCAAGAGAAUGAACUUUCAGCCUUCAACUUUGAUUGCAAUGCUUGAGGCUUAUGUGGAUUUUGGAAUUGUAGAAAAGAUGGAGAGAGUUAUUAGGCGAGUAUUGAACUCGAAAACCUAUUUGAAAGAGCAUCUGGUAAGGAAAAUGGCAAGGGUUUAUAUUGAAAACUACAUGUUCUCGAGACUGGAGGACUUGGGACUAAAUGUUUCUUCAAAAACCGGUAGGACUGAUUUAUUUUGGUGUCUGCGCCUCCUUUCUCAUGCUUGUCUUUUGAGUCGAAAAGGCAUGGAUUCGAUUAUUUUGGAGAUGGAAGAAGAAAAAAUUCCCUGGAAUGUAACUGUUGCAAAUAUUAUCUUGCUAGCUUACUUGAAGAUGAAAGAUUUUACACGCUUGAGAGCGUUACUCGCUGAACUACCCACUCUUGGUGUGAAACCUGAUAUAGUCACUGUUGGAAUUCUUUUCGAUGCAAAGAUGAAUGGCUUUAAUGGGAAAGGGAUUGAAGAAACAUGGAGAAGGAUGGGUCUUAUCAACUGGUCUGUAGAAAUGAAUACAGAUGCUCUUGUUCUAUCAGCAUUUGGUAAGGGGUAUUUCCUCAAAAAAUGUGAACAAGCAUACUCUUCCCUUGAACCUGAAGCUAGAGAAGAUAAAAGGUGGACUUAUCGCUACUUAGUUGAUAUGGUAGCCAAACAUAGUGAAAGGCCUUCAGCUGAGGAAAGUUGAUUACAGAUUACAGUUUAGCUCAUCAAACUCACCUCAGCAAUGUCAAUGGAUACUUUUUGUAAUUGAUCAGAAGAAUCUUAUCAUGGCACAAGUCUUUUCUUUAUGCACAUUUCUUUGUGCUUGAGUUAUGAAAUUAUCAUUAUAUGCUAUUGGUCCUUAUGACCCAUAGGGAACUCUGCUGUCAUUUCACUGGUGCUCUUUAUUUGGUCUCAUAUAGAAGAUGGCCAUCUAGAACCGGGAAACAGCAUUGGUAUUCCCAUUUCGAGGAACGUGCUACUGAGAUUGGUGAUCUGCAAUUCUACAUCUGCCAAUGGGAAAGAGAUUGGAAGGUAUAGGGGUGGAUCAAUAUAAAGGGUUAAAGCUAUCACUAGCUUGAUGCAUGUUUGGAAAAUUCAUAGCAGAUUAACUUUCUUUCAAAGAAGCUUUUUCUUUGGUACUUAAAUGACCCUCAGCAGCAUUUUGUGAGAGGAUGUAUGAAUGAAUCUGAAUGCGGUUGCAACACUGAUUCUUUGAUACAGGCCCCCCAUUGUAUAUUGUUUUCAAGGUCAAGCAAGGUUCUUUUAAAGGCUUCUCAGAAUGAUCA